UCACUCGGCAGCAAGACGCACGCAGAGAAGACGGGCAAUUGCACGCCUUGCGUUUUGAAGCUUCAUGGAUCGGGAAAUGAAGCUCGUUAACAGGUGUACGCAAUUCGCUUAAGAGAAAUUCUAAAUACCCUCCAUUGGGGAACCAGGCAACAGUUUUCCUCCUUUUCCUGGCGCGCUCGGAGGAAGACUAGAAUAAAAAAAAGAAUGAAGAACAAAAACCGAGAAAGCUUGACCGACUCCCGAGACCUGGAUGGUUCGUACGACCCGCUGACGGGCAAUCCUUCCGACAGCCAAAGCAAAAAAAGCAUAAAGCAGCGAUUCCUCAAGCUGCUGCCGUGCUGCACGCCCUCGGCCGCCCCCUCAAUCAGUCAAAACAGCAUAGAAGAUGACUUUGAGCUCUCCACCGUGUGCCACCGGCCCGAAAGCAUGGAUAAGCUGCAGGAGCAAACCAAGUUCACCAAGAAGGAGCUGCAGGUUCUUUACAGAGGCUUCAAAAAUGAAUGUCCGAGUGGUGUAGUGAAUGAGGACAACUUUAAGAACAUCUACUCACAGUUCUUUCCCCAGGGAGAUUCAAGUACGUAUGCGCAUUUCCUGUUUGAAGCCUUUGACACUGACAAGAACGGUUCGGUUAGCUUUGAGGACUUUGUAUUUGGUCUGUCUAUCAUCUUGAGAGGGACCAUUAACGACCGCUUAAACUGGGCCUUUAACCUCUACGACCUAAACAAGGAUGGCUGCAUCACCAAAGAUGAGAUGCUGGACAUCAUGACAUCCAUCUACGACAUGAUGGGGAAGUACACGUAUCCCACUAUGCAGGAUGAUGCCCCCAGAGAGCAUGUAGAGAACUUUUUCCAGAAAAUGGAUCGAAAUAAAGAUGGAGUGGUUACAAUCGAGGAAUUCAUUGAGUCGUGUAAAAAGGAUGAGAACAUCAUGCAGUCCAUGCAGCUGUUUGACAAUGUCAUCUAAGGACCAGGAAGGGUGCUGGUCCCAGCGUUUGUGUGUGUGUGUAGGGGGGGAUAAAUUAAUCAGGGUUGGAGGAGGAAGCGUGUGUGUGUAUGCAUGUGUGUGCAUGUGUGAGUGGGUGUGUGUUGAGCUCCUCUGGAUGGGAAGCAACAGUCCACGAAGAAGCAACUAUGGAAGUCCACUCCUCAUCAGGCAGUGUGGAGGAACACGGGGAAAAGAAGGCAAGCAGCGGGCUCACAGACACUAGCACAAACCCAACACCCUCGCCCUCCCCACCAACCUCUUCUAUUUCCACAUCUUCUUCUCUUCCUGCUGGAGGGGUGGCACUCCAAGUGAGGAUGCCGGCCCACCAAAACCUCAUCACUGACUUGGUGCAUGUGGAGCCGCUGCGAAAUAAAAGGGAAUGUGACGCACAUAAUCCUGGGGAGAGGAAAUGCGUCAUUCCUGGGAGAUUCCAGGGUGUCUCAAAGAUUCCAAGGCUCAAACUCGAUCGGAACGGAUUUCAAUAUCGCAUGAUGAUGUCACUAUAUCCGACCAUGACGUUAUUUACCGACACGCUCCAAAGUCCGCUUGCCCGUCUGCUGUUUCCUGGUCAUCCACAGGUGCCUCACCCCCCCACCCCUUGUGCAAAGUGCAUGUGCAACAAGAAUGAUCGUGAUGUCUCCAUCUUGCCUAUACGGAGGAAUCGACUGGGAACAACACCCUUCUCCAUUCAGGUGAUUCUGCGACAAUGACUUCUGGCCUUUCAAACCAUAUCCGUCUUAGCUGUAGGUGUCUCCUGACUAUCAUGCACCAUAGUUGACAGACCACCCCACUGGUUCUAGCCUUUAAUGAAACAUUUGUGGGGAGUUUAAUAGACUGCAGGCUGUGUUUGUGAAUUUGUGAUCAGAUGAGUCAUGUGAUUAUAGCAGGGUCUUUAAAGCAACAAAAAAAAAACACUCACACUUUGAAAACUCCUGAAUUAGGCCACAUUGUGAAUUAAAAAAGAUGUAUGUUUAAUUAGUGAAUGAGCGAAAAAUCUCAACAUUUUCCAACACCACCUCUCCCCCAUCUUGCUCCAAUUUUCUCUGGAACACCAAAGAAAAAAAUUCAUGAGAGGAGACCCACUUCGUCUACAUCUGAAGAAAGACCAUGUUGGUAAUUGGCAAGGACCAGUCAGAGAUGUGAUAGGAGGUUGGUUAUAUGAUAUACUGUUUCCCCCCCCCCCCCCAAAAUGUCUUUAAUUUUAAAAAAUAUCCAAGUGCACAAAGAAAUUGAGAGGACAAUAGACAGCAAUAAUGAUCACUUUUCUGUGAUUGAAAGAAUUCUAAUCAUAGUAAAUUUUUGAAUCCUAAUAAACACUUCCAACCUUUUAGCAUUAAUUUGAAUGUUUUUCCAACGAGUGUUUUAGCUCUGAUUGGCCCUUGCCGCUCGUCAGCUCUCACAAUCAAAGCUCUCUGUUCUUCGCAUGUACUUGGUCUAGGAUUUUAAAAAAUAUCUACUAGUCUGUUGUACCCAUUUUUGUUAGCGCGCCUCUAAAUAGUUAAUUCUAAAUAUGUAUAUUUUGUACAGACAAUAAAAUUCACAAUUACUAUGCAAA